AUAUAAACGAAUCUCUCUUUUUUUCUCCUUCUUCUUCUUCGUUAACGAUCCACGCGUACUCUUUACUCUACACGCAACGAACGAAUCAAGUAGAAACGAAACGUUGAGGAAUGUAUGAUACAUACAAUAACAAAUCACACUCACAACCGUCGUUAUUUUGUCCAAAACGCAUCGUAUGACAUUUUUAUGUGUGCAUGUAUGCAUCACAUUUAUGAAGUAUACACAUCGCAUUCGUGUUUGUGUGCGCUUGCAACUUUAGUUGAACCACUAACGCAUUGGCAUUUUUAUGUGUUUGUGUGUUGAAUGUUCUCAUUUUCAAAACCGGUAACGUAAAUGUCUUGUCUUGUUUUUCUUUUGUGGCGUCAUCAAGUUUUUGAGUGAGAGAAUCUUUCAAAGGCGAAUGUCAAAAAAUAUACAUUAUUUCGUGUUGUUAUUACUAUUUUUUUUUCGACCAAAAUUGUUUACAUGUCAAACUCUGUGCGAACAAAAUUAAAUUUUAAACAUACUCAAAUAAAAUUAUCGUGAACUGAACAAAAAUAUUUAUGGGAAAAUGAGUAAAUUACUUAAAAAUUCUUUUCGACGAUCGAUAAAUUAACGAAAGAUAAAUAGCAACAAAGUAGAACCAAACAUGUCUCAAAUUAGUUUGACAAUUGCAGAGAAAAUCGAGGAUUAUGAGAUUCUCGAUUUGCUGGGGAAAGGUGGUUUUGCCUGUGUUUAUCGGGCAAAAUGCUUAAAAUCAGGUUUUGAAGUGGCAUUGAAAAUGAUCGACAAGAAAAUCAUGCAAAAUUCAGGUAUGGUGGGUAGAGUGAAACAAGAAGUUGCCAUUCAUUCAAAGCUCAAACAUCCAUCAAUAUUGGAGUUGUAUACAUUUUUUGAGGAUGCAAACUAUGUGUAUUUGGUAUUGGAGUUGGCACAAAAUGGAGAACUACAUCGAUAUUUAAAAGAGAGUCAACGAGUACUGACCGAAACUGAAACGGCAAACAUUUUGAUGCAAGUUGUAAAUGGCCUACUUUAUUUGAAAGUAAAUAAUAUCCUUCAUCGUGACAUGUCUCUAUCGAAUCUAUUGUUGACGAAUGAUCUCAAAGUGAAAAUCGCCGAUUUUGGUUUGGCCACACAACUAUCACGGCCCGAUGAAAAACAUACAACAUUGUGUGGAACACCAAAUUACAUAUCACCUGAAGUGGCAUCGCGUGCAACACAUGGACUACCAGUCGAUGUAUGGGGAUUGGGAUGUAUGAUGUAUACAUUGUUGGUAGGCAAACCACCAUUCGAUACAGAUGGCGUUAAAUCAACUUUAACCAGAGUUGUAAUGGCCGAUUUUGUUGUACCAAAUUCACUAUCGAUCGAAGCAAAAGAUUUGCUUAAUCGUUUACUACGAAAAAAUCCAAACGAAAGAAUUCACAUUGAAGAUGUGCUUACCCAUCCAUUCAUGUUGAAGCAUUUGGCCGCAUCGCAUCCAACCUAUUCAAAUACAGUUGGAUCGGUUGACAGUGGCCUGCUUACGAUGUCUAGUGGUAUGACAUCAGCACAAAAUCUUACGGGAAAAAUGGACAUGAGACUGCGUUCAGAUGAACAUAACUUUAGUCAGACAAAGAUGCCAGUUAAAGCGACCAAUGUAUUUGAUAACAUAAGAGUUGGACAUAGUGCAUCAUCGUUGUACAAUCGUUAUGAUUCACAGUACAAUGAUUUUGUACAUCAGCCAUCACAUCAAUCGCAAUCUAAUGAGCUCGUCGAUCGAAUCGGAAAUCUGGGAUUGAUGCAACCACAGGAGGAUAAGCAAUUAUUUGGUUCAGCAGGAAUUGGAGGUAGCUGCGGAGCGUAUUCAUCAAAACCGAAUUUUGGAAAUUUGCAUACACCAAGCGAUAUUCUUGCGAAUCAUACACCGAUGCCAUUGCAGGAAAAUCGAUUCUAUGGCAUGCAACAAAAUUUGGUCGCACCGCAUCAAACACACAAUCUAAAUUUCGAACCGAUGCUCUCCAAACAACACCCGACAAAAGUAAAAUCCAGUCAAAAAUUGAGCGUACCACCACUGAAUUCGGAACGUCUGUUACCAACAAGAUUUAAAACAAAAACGGCCAUUUUGAGCAUUUCAUCAUUGGGUGAGGUGGUUGUUGAAUUAAUCAAAUACAAAGAGAAAUAUAAUGAAGAACGUGUGGUAGACGUUUGCCGCAUAUCAAAAGAUGGGCUACGCAUUGUUGUUUAUCAACCAGACGCUGGACGUGGUUUGAAAAUACAAGAUUCUCCGCCUGAUUUACCGGAAUCCGGUGCUGAUUCAAUCUAUAGCUACGAAAACCUACCGUCCAAGCAUCAAAAGAAAUAUGUGUAUGCAUCGCGAUUCAUACAGUUAGUCCGUGCAAAAACGCCGAAAAUUACCUAUUACUCAUCGAAAGGCAAAUGCGAUCUCAUGGAAAAUUUGGAGAAUUUUGAACUAUCAUUUUACGAUGGUGAAAAGAUUGUUCGAACGUCAGAGAAUAAUGUCAACAUUUUCGAUAAUGAUGGAAAUGUAUUGGCAUCGAAUAAUGAAAAUGAUACGAUACGAGCACUUUGGUUACAUUAUCAACAAUGUUUUGAGCAUUGUAAAACUCUUGAACGAAUUUUGAACAGUAUUAAUGUGGAAGGUGAAUGCUUUCCAAUAAUUGUCGGUCGACGACCAGCCACUGCUCCUGUACUAGGUGUUUCAAGAUGUAAUAGUAAUAAUUUACUAACGCCACGGCUGGCAAGUGCGUCUUCGUUAAUGUCGCUCAAUAGUGUCACAUCAACGAAGACAUCUCAAAUGAAAUCAUCACCAAUUUUUCAUUCAACGCCAACGGAGAAGAAAGUGAUUGUUCCUGGCAUUGGAAUUGCAUCACAAUCACCAGAAGGUGUAGUUGAAGUGCUCUAUCAAGAUGGCAGCCGAUUGGCGUUGCACACACCAGAACAAGGCGGUGGUAUAACAUUUACCCAAAUGAAUGGCAGUACGUGCCAUUAUAAUGCUUCAAACGAUGACUAUUCAAUACCCGAAAUAGUUCGAAAUCGAUUGAAUCAAAUGGAAAUUGUAGUCAAAUAUUUGAUGGCUCACAAUAGCUCACAUGUGCCAUUAUGUACGCCCGUUAGCAAUAAGUGCAUGCAACAACAAAUGAAAUUCUUUCGAUAGCAUUUAAUUUAAAUACAAAGCUCUAUUAUUUAUUAUUCGGGUGAGCUUGUCAUACAUCAACCAGUGAUUCCGUUGUUCAAAAAAAAAAGACAAUCUGCAUUUAAAUCAAAUAUAAAACCUAUUUUUUAUCAAUUGUAUCAAAAUAAAAUAUGUUUAAGUAUCUUUUUAUACAUUGUAGACUAAUGGAAAAAC